UUCAUGGCACAUUACCUGUCGGCCCAGUAUUCAAUUAGACGUAGCCUGGAAGUCGACAUUUUAUAUCUUAAGAAUCAUUAAUCUAACUCAACCAUGCUGAUUCUACGUGAAAUAUGGGAUUUGCGAAAAACAUGGGUUAUAAUAAUUACUCCAUUACUACUCCUGCCCCUGCCCCUUUUUCUGGGAACACCUCACUCACAGCACUCAGAAGGUUUGUGUGCCUAUGUAAUAAUGCUGAUGGCCGUCUACUGGCUUACAGAGGCUAUACCCAUAGCAGUGACUGCUCUGAUGCCUGUGGUCCUCAUGCCGCUGCUAGGACUGUUGCCUUUAAAAGAAGUGGCUCCUCUUUACUUCAAGGAUAUUAUAAUGUUAUUCAUGGGAGGACUGUCGGUGGCCAUUGCCAUUGAAAAAUGGAACCUGCACCAACGCAUAGCUCUGAAGAUUCUGGGGACAGUUGGAGCCAAUCCGAGACUGUUGAUGCUAGGUUUCAUGGCACCAACUUGGUUCUUGUCCAUGUGGAUCAGUAACACAGCCUCCACGGCCAUGAUGAUACCCAUUGUACAGGCAGUUCUAGACCAACUUAAAGAUCAUUCAGAAAAUGAAGGCAUUUUCGAGGACGCUGUCGAACAUACUGAAACUGAAAAUGAAGUGUUAUCGGAAGGAACGACAGGACAACCAAAGGCCAGUUCAGAAGAUGCCGUCACUCGCACUAACUUCAACAUGGUAGUCUCCAGCUCGACUGCACACCUCACAGAGAUGGGAGAGGGAAAUCCUGACCGUGACCACAAACAACUAUGUAAAUGUAUGUGUAUUGCUGUGGCGUACUCAGCCACAGUUGGCGGGAUUGCCAGCCUGACAGGGACGCCACCUAACCUGGUCAUGAAGGGACAAUUGGACAUAAUCUUUGAAGACAAUGACGACACCAAUCCCAUAACAUUUGCCAGCUGGAUGGCUUUUGCCGCGCCAACUUCUGCCAUCUGUCUUCUUCUGAGCUGGAUAUACCUCCAACUUUUCUACUUCAGAUGCAGGUCUGUUAAAACAGACAGCAGCGUAAAGACAGUAAUCCGAGCCCAAUAUAAAGACUUAGGACCGAUCAGUUUCGCUGAGGUAAUGGUGUUCCUUCAUUUUCUGCUGCUGGCAGUCCUAUGGAUAACCAGAGACUUGGCAGGAUGGGGAGAUUUGUUCAAAAAAGGUUACGUUGGUGACGGCGUUCCCGCCAUUGCAGUGACCAUACUGCUCUUCAUGGCGCCAAGUCACCGGCCCCGGGUCUUCUGCUGCAGGGACGCAGCCGCCAGUGAAAAUCCCAGUCCUCACACUGCCCUCCUCGACUGGCCUUCCGUCCACCAGAAGAUGCCUUGGGGUGUUAUUUUACUGCUCGGAGGGGGAUUCGCAAUCGCAGAAAGUGCGCAGAGAUCUGGCCUGUCUGUCCUGGUGGGCGGAGCGUUGGCCUCCCUGGACACCGUGUCCCCCCUGGUCCUCCUCCUCCUCAUCACCACCACCGUCUGCUUCCUCACCGAGGUCGCCAGCAAUACCACCAUUGCUACUCUGAUGAUUCCUAUACUUGCAGAGCUGGCAAUCAAAACUGGAGUCCACCCCAUAUAUUUUGUGUUCCCACCAACGCUGGCUGCCUCAUUUGCCUUUAUGUUGCCAGUGGCAACCCCACCCAACGCUGUGGUCUUUGCUUAUGGUCAUCUCAAGAUAAAAGACAUGAUGAUGACUGGUAUAGGUAUGAACAUCUUGUGUCUGUUGGUGGUCAACCUGGCAGCUAAUACAUGGGGUUAUGCCUACUUCAGCUUGGGCCAGCCUCCAGCCUGGGUCCAGAGUACAGCCAAUACUACAGCCACUACUCUCCUCAUGAAUACUACCACUUCCACUAUGCCUACAGCCACUACUCUCCUCAUGAAUACUACCACUUCCACUAUGCCUACAGCCACUACUCUCCUCAUGAAUACUACCACUUCCACUAUGCCUAUACGUACAGCCACUACUCUCCUUGUGAAUAUGACCACCACAGCACCUGCUGGCCCUUAGCAUUAUAAUGAUAACAUAUGCAUUUACAAGGGCUUUCUUUUAUAAAAUAUAAAAGUAUGUCCACCUCUAAUUUGGUAAGCAAUUUAUGCAAUAUAGUAACCCAUGAUACUGGUACAAUGAUGCAUGUUUUUGAAGACACUGGUACAAUGAUGCACGUUUUUGAAGACAAAUAUUUUAUGGAUAAACCCAAGA